AUGCAAGGACCAGAAUAUGUUUUAGAUGAGCGGACGGAGCAAUUGUUAACCCAGGGGACCAAGGGCGGAUAUGAGAAUGGGUUCACAUUUAGAAAGUUGCGGCUGGAAAUCUCCUUUAUUCGCAAUCACCCAUGGAUGAAACGUCUCACUCCUUUUCCCUUUGGCCCACAACAGAUGCUCAAAAAUCAAUUAUGGGGAGUGUCUCCGCUAUCAUUUUCUCGUCCACAGACAGAGGAGGUCCCUUUGGAUCAGAAGGCUCAAAAUAAUAGUGGAUCCCAAUCCCGCAUCUUGGAACAGCGUGCCCGAAGGGUCAAAGCACUUGCUAUCGCUUGUGGCGCUGGAGAUGGCUGA